AUGAACCCGGACUGUCCAUAUCUUGCUCACGAUUGCGAGCUCGUACGCUCUUUGCGUCAUCGCAAGCUUGACACCAUCUGGUCAGAAGCAAGCACAGCGAAGCUGCCACCCCGUGUGCUCGGCUUCAAGUAUGAUGACACAGAUCGUCCCGCCAUCGAUGGGUGGGCCUUGGCGGAUCAACUGGACGAAGUUGCAGUCAACUAUGGAUCUUUCUACGACGUCGACUGA